AUGAAAAUAACUGUAAUACAUCCUGAUUCAAAACAAAGACGAAUUCGCUUUAGUGAGAGACAUACAACAAAGGUGUCGACACUGUUUAAAAGACUACCACGAGAUGUGGUUAUAAAACGGCAAGGGCAGACAAUUAACAUCAGCAAGGAGUGCUUGAUCAGAGAGGCUUUUAUUGAUGGUGACAUAAUAGAAGCCGUGUACACACCCGUGCCGGAGACUAGACGACUAUGGAAAUGUAUCAAAAGGUCAAAUGACCAAUGUAUGAUCACACUGGACAAAGAUGAGCAAAGGGCCGAAAUGCCAUGCGGACAUGCAAUCACACCCCAGGCGCUGUUCGAUUACUGCUGGCACAAACUGGACCAAGGAUGUUCUACAAUCACGUGCCCCUACAUUGCAGAUAUCAAGGGAAAUGUGUGUGGAUUCAAGUGGAGUUCUCGUGAUGUCAAACUUUCCGCUGCGAUGUCUAGAAGAGAAAAGAUUUUGUUUCAAACUAGACUCGACAAAAACAGAAUCAAACAGCAGGAACUAGAAUCAACAAAUGAAUAUCCAGAUGCCGUCAUGAUAUCUCUCCUCCAUAACUCACCAAAACUGCAGCGUCACGGUGACGCUUUAAUGCGCCGGGCCUGUCCUAAGUGCUGGAGUAUUAUUGAACAUGUGUCCGGGUGUCUCUGUAUGACUUGUCAGUACCCAUCUUGUAACUUCCGGUUUUGUUUUAGAUGUCUAGAUGAAUAUGUCCUUGGAAUAGAUCACAGUAAAUGCCACCGAGCACCUUUACAAUUCUCAUGCGAUAAGUAG